AGUGGUGAAAUAAGACCGAAAAGCAACAGCAAGGCAAGUGAAAAUCCAUGGGUGAUGACACCAGCCAAAAGUUUUCCUGGAAACAAAUCGCAGUUUAGCCUGAAAAUUUCUAUUGAUUUUGAUUAAAGCGAAGUUGUAAGCCAGAGGAAAGAGAGGCAAAGCAUACAGGAGAUCAAUUAGAUACGUAUGAUAGAUUAUUUUUACCAUUAAUAGAUCUGAUCUGUACAGUGCUGGGACCAUCCCUAACUUUGGGACUGCGACGUUUCUUAAAAAGGAGAAUUAGAAGAAGUUACCAAGUCAUGGAAGGAGCUGGAGGUGAUACUGACUCCAUUGUGGCACCUUUUGCCAAGUGGAGAAAUGAGUUCUCAAGGACUUUUCAGUACUAUUUGGACCGGUCAACUCCUUACCCGAUGGAAAGGUGGCUGGGAACUCUUGCAGCUUCAGCCAUUUAUAUGUUGCGAGUUUACUAUGCUCAAGGAUUUUACAUAGUGUCUUAUGGCCUUGGAAUUUAUAUCUUGAAUUUGUUGAUUGGUUUUCUGUCGCCAAAGGUUGAUCCUGAACUUGAAGUUUUGGAUGGGGCUUCUUUGCCAACAAAAGGAUCAGAUGAGUUCAAGCCUUUCAUUCGCCGCCUUCCUGAGUUUAAGUUCUGGUAUUCAAUCACCAAGGCUUUCUGUGUGGCCUUUCUAAUGACCUUUUUUUCAGUCUUUGACGUCCCUGUCUUCUGGCCUAUAUUACUCUGCUAUUGGGUUGUUCUGUUUGUCCUGACAAUGAAGCGCCAGAUCAUGCACAUGAUCAAGUACAAAUACGUUCCAUUUAGUGUUGGAAAGCAGAGGUAUUCUGGGAAGAAGUCUGCUGCAAGUAGCAGCGGCAUACUGAAGGAUUGAAGUUUUUUGGGAUCCAAUGCAGCCUUCUAAACUACUAGCUUCUUAGGUUUUUGGAUAAAUAGCAUGGUUACGUCUAAAUUUCUAAUACAGACGCAGAAUUAUACGGGUUAAAGAUCCAGUUUUGUCUUUGUAUUUAUUUUAGCACUUUUGACGCAGUUUUUUAAUUGGCUCGAAGAUUUUCGUUACACACUUUUGUUUUAUUAUUCUAUUUUUCCUUCUUCUUCUUCUUCUUUUUUGAAAAAGACAAUAAUAAUAAUAAAACCUUGUAGAUGAUGAACCUCCAUUAUUAUA